GGUAGCGCCCCGGGACACGGUAAAGCUGACAUUCCCAAGCACCCCUCUGCAAUGGCCUCAGGGAAUGAUGGUGACCCACCACGGGCCCAGGGAUGCCGGGGCAGCGACAGGCACAGGUUGUCACAGGAGCUCAACCCCGGCACUUACUGGCCAUCCUGGCAUCCUUCUGCCUCCCAAAACUCGGGAGUGUCCUCUGGAAUUUGGAGGAUCCCAGAGGGAUCCUGCAUGCCUCUGAGGCAGAAGCCUUGUGGGCUCCAGUGGAAGCAGGAAUCUGCAGCUCUCACCAGGACAUGCCGUGGGAUUGUGGGGUGGAAGGAGGCUUUUGUCCCAGGGGUUGAGCCUGGAUUUCAUUUGGGGUUCUGUUUGCUUAUCUUUGGAUGCAGAAGAAACUUAUCUGCUUGGGUGUGAUUGUGAGCCCUUGUCUGUUCUCCUGUCCUUGUGUUACUAAAAAUAGCACCUGGGGUAAUUAAACGAGGGAUUUUUUGGAGCACCAAUUUCCUCUUCUGUCUGGCUGAGUGUUUGCCCUCCUCUCCCUGAAACUCUGAGUCAGCCGCUUUCGUUUUCUCGGGGAGCCUUCCCGGGCUCCUCCGGUUCCCAGAAGGUGAGAUUUGUUUGCCACCAAAUAAACCCGUUUCUGCAAAACAAAAAACAACCCCCUGAAAACACAGCGACAGGGUUUGUCACUUCCCUUCCCCUCUCUGACCCAGCCUGGGCUCGGUGUAACCUGAGCACCCCUCUGGGGCCUGGAGAUGGUUUUCCUCUUCUCCCUUGACUUUUCUCCCUCCAUGUCUCUAGAAGACCGAGUGGCAGCGGAGGCAGAGGAGGUGUUCCGGAGCUACGCCUUCUACCGCUACCAGCAGGAGAGGGAGGAGAGAGGGGCGGAGGUGCCCACGGACCCCGAGAUCGAGCAAAUCCAGCAGGACCUGGAGAGCACCGGCAGCCAGGUGGGGCAGCGCUUGGCCAUCAUCGGCGAUGACAUCUACAGGCGCUACGACGCCGAGUUCCGCACCAUGCUGGACACCCUGCAGCCCACUGCAGCCAACGCCUACGAGCACUUCACCAAGAUAGCCUCCAGCCUGUUCGAGAGCGGCAUCAACUGGGGCCGUGUGAUUGCACUGCUGAGCUUCGGCUACCGCAUGGCCAUGCACGUCUUCCAGCACGGCCUGCCCGGCUUCCUGCGCCGCAUCGCCCGCUACGUGGUGGAGUUCAUGGUGCAGCACCGCAUCGCCCGCUGGAUCGCCCAGCAGGGAGGAUGGGUGGCUGCGCUGGACCUGGACAAUGUUUACAUGAAGUACAUGCUGGUGGUGGCCCUGGUCGUGGUGGGGCACUUGGUGCUACGACGCUUCUUCAGGCCCUGAGGGGGGCAGGGGCUGGGGGGUCCGGCCGA